AAGACAGAGCAGGACCCAACACCCUUUUUUCCAGUUACUAGGAGUGCAGAGGCCAAAGAUAAAGCCACCAAACUCUAAAGCCUUCCCUAAUUCUCACUAUCUCUCUCUAAUCUUUUUCUCUCUCUCAAAAACAAAGCAAACAGAGAGUUUCAAAUUUCAAUCAUGGAAGUCCCCUCUAGGCUUGUGUUCUUCUUGGUCUCUCUUCUGAGUCUAGUCUUCUCACUUUCUGACUCUGCAACAGUAGUAGUAGAUGGAGUUUCAGACUGGAAAAACCCCACUGUUCAUAUUGGGGAUUCUAUCAUUUUCAAGCACAAGUAUGAUUACAAGCUUUACAUUUUCCAGAACAGAGGAGCCUUCAAUCUCUGCAACUUUACUCAAGCUUCACUUCUUACCAAACCCAAUUCCAACUCCUUCACUUGGCAUCCAUCAAGAACUGGUAUCUUCUACUUCUCCUUCAACAAUGGCACUCUCAAAUCAUGUCAAUCAGCUCAAAAGCUCGCCAUAACAGUAUCUCUAUCACCACCACAAAACUCCGCCACCUCACCGGAACUAUCUCCGGCAGCCUCUCCAGCACCGAGUUCAGGCGGCAUUGUAUCAUCAUCUCCAGCAUACCCAUGGCCAUUCCAGCCUCGGGAAUCGAUGUCGCCAAGCCCGGCUCCGACCGCAAUACUCCCAGCAGCGAGCCCAGACAAAGGAGAUGGCAUACCAUUUAUAAACAGUAACCCGGCGGUGCCAUUGCCGACCGAUGAAGUAGACUCUGCUACAAUACGCCCUUUGCCCACAUCUUCUGUCCAUGGAGCACAGGUGGUGGGCUUGCUUGCACUUCAAAUGGCUCUCUCCUCUGUGGUUUUGCUGGUGGUGAUAUGAGAGAUGAGAGAGACAGACAGACAGACAGGCAGACGGAGAAUUGGAGGGAGAGAGAGAGAGAGAGAGAGAGAGAGAAUUGGGCUGAUGUGUAAAAAAGUUGAGCCAAAAGAAGAGUAGGGGUAUUGGGCUAACGUGCGCAGGGAAGUGUUACUUUUUUAGUCUAAAGUAGCUUUAAUAUGGUGAUGAUUAUACCAUGUAAUUAUAUGCUAUUUUUGACCUACUUUGGGAUUAUUAGCACUUUCGUUCUUUUAA